AUGGAGAGUGCGGCCAAGCGCAAAGCCGGCGGCGCUGCUGCGGCUACGGGUGAUAGCGACAAUCGCCCUGCGAAGCGACAGAAAGGGACGUCAGAGACAGUAGCGUCGACAACGGCGGCGGGCAUGAAGUUCCUCGACAGCUUGAAGCAGGCAAAAGACAAGACUGGACGACCCAUAGCAGUCCACUUCCUCACCCUACCAGACAAGAAUGAAGUACCCGAGUACUACGAAUAUACCAAGCUGCCUAUUGCCAUUGACACCAUCGAGGUACGCUAUUUUCCCGUGUCAGAUGUUAAUUCAUCUGAUACCACUCCUCUCCCAGAACUGCCUCAGGCCACUUGCUUCUACCAAGUCAAUCUCGACUACUUCACAAAACUUAAUAAUGGAGAGUACUCCAGUCUCGCCCAGGUCGAGAGUGACUGUAAACGUCUGGUCAACAACGCCAAAGCAUACAACGACAAGAAGUCGAUUAUAUACGAGGAUGCCGAGCGUCUACGCAAAACGGCUUCGAACUGGAUGGUCAAGCACAACCCUGCAUAUAGGGACGGCAACUAUGCCGCUGUAGCUACACCGAUUCCUGGGGAGGACAACUCGACUCCCUCAAGACCACCGCCCCGUGUUGCGGCGACACCACGAACUGCAAAACAGACACCGGCUGGCCCAGAUACGGACCGCCCCAGGCGAGCGGCUGCCAUUGCAGCAUCGGCUACACCGGCACCCUCAAAGCUGCGACUGUCGGCAUCUGCUGCACCGGACGACGACGAAAGCGCAGAUUACACGGGCAAGACCUUCCAGCAGGCACAAGAGCAGAUCGUGAGGGAGAUUAUGGACUACGAAGACCAAGGCCUACAGAUAUUUCUACCUUUCCAAAACCUGCCCUCGCGCAGCUUGAAAGAUUAUUACCAGUUGAUUAAGGAUCCUAUGUCUCUGGCUGCCAUACAGAAGAAGGUUCGCGGUGUUGUAGGACGUGACCCCCCGACAGGACACACUCUUUUCAAAACUUGGGACGCAUUCGAGACCAGCUUCAGCUUGAUUUGGACGAAUGCCCGUAUCUACAACGAAGAUGGAAGUGACAUCUACAACCUUUCGCUUGAACUCGAGGAAAUCUUCCACAAGAAGCUCGAAGAAGCCAAGUCCAAGGUCAACGAGCCAUCGCAACCGAAACUCAAGCUCAACAUGUCUACCCCCGCACCAGCUCCAAAGCAGCAGCUCAAGCUCAAGCUCAAACCGACUCCAGGCUCAGAUCCGAACACUCCAAGCGUACGCGAUUCUGCUACCCCUGGUGUCAUUGUCGACAACGAUGCUCUUCUACGACAACAGCGACAUGUACUUGACAGCAUGGGUAGUAAUCGGUCCCCCGUUCCACCUGGAAAAUCCGCGACACCCACUGCAACUGCCAACCCGUUUACCGGUCCGAGAGGUGGCGCUGCGACAAUUUCGUCUCUCUCUACUAGCCAAACCAGGACGGCGGGAUCUCCGCCAGCAGUUAAUGGUGUGAAGCAAGACGUCCAAUCUCCUUCUUUGAGUGCUGUCAGGCCAGCAAGCACUGCACCCGAUGGUCAGGCUUCACGACUUAGCGUUCAGGCACAAACCCCGCUUCCUCACAUGGCUCCUCCGCAUGCUGUCUCACGAACGGCGAGUGGUAGUCCGCAUCCAAAUGGUGCCGUGCAAAAUGGCAACUACGUCCCACCGCAUCAGCCGACUUACUACGCACCUCCACCCGUUGCUCGUGUCGAUAGCUUCAGGAAGGUGCCACUAAAGAGCCAUCAAGAGGCAUUGAUACCAAGUAUCACAUUGAACACCCACCCCGCUCUUGCUGCAACUGCGCCCUGGUCUGUCAAAAUCCUGGCGGACAAGCGGAAGACAGCGUACAGUGCUACAAUGGUUGUCGCGCCCACCAACUCCUAUAUCCAGGUCAUACCUAGGGUUCCCAUUGCGCUUACAAGCCGCAUGUACCGCCUCUUUGUCACCGUGAACGGCAACAAGACCCUCGAGGCCAACCGUGUCCCCGUAACCGCAGGCAUCAACGGUGCGAGUCCCGGUCCUGGCUACGAAGGCGGCAAGAAGAAGGGCGAACCCUUGUUUGAGGGCAAACUGGCUGCUGGCGUGAACCGCAUCGAAGUCGAGAUUGUCGCCGAGAAGGAGCGUAAAGGCCAGGUCGAGAGUGGCAGCGCGAAGAAGGAAGAAGUCGAGAUUGAAAAGUGCACCAUUUUCCUGCAUCUACAACGAACACCAGCAAACUAG